AUGCGACCGGAUGAAAACCAAGAUGAUGGCGAUCGAUACGAUGAGGAGAGCUUAUCAUCUGUCGAGGAUCCUAUCACCGAAACUCAGCCUUCACGUUCAUCUCCUCCACGGAUGCGUACUAUUAAACGAGACAUGCCUGUUCACACACCCACCACCACGGCUGCCAUAGCAGUACAACCUGACUACGGAUUCUACAUAAGGAUUAUUAUAUGCUUACUUGCUGGCCUGCUGCUCUUGAACACGUUGUUGCUGUUCCGUGUGAAUAGGAUCGAGUCUCAACCGGCCCUUGGGGAAGAUGUCGCACAAGCGCUGAAGAAACUCGCAGAGCAUGGCAAAUCGGACCAACAAACAGCUGCACUCGAAAAUCUACUUGAGACAGUGAAUCAGCUAGCUAGUGACUUACAAAAAUUAAAAAUGCAGAUCUCAGCUAAACAGGAAUUAUAA